UCCUUCUGGGAGGACCUUACACCGUAUGUGCCUGAUUCGACGAGGUUUAUUGUGUGCGUGCCUCGUCGGUGGCUUCAAGAUGGCUUGCAGGCUGCUGCUGCGCGCCAUGGUGUGAUCAUUUGAUUCACGGUGCUUGUGCCUCUGUAAACGUUUCGUGAAAAAGUUCAUCAGUGGUCAGGACGACGACGUGACUCGACCGGCUGGUAACUCGGGGCAACUUGAAAAUGUGACGAUCGACUGAAAACCGAUUGAACGCUCCAGAUGGAAUCACCUUCGGCCCAGGACCGCCUCGUUACGGCCCAAGAGGAUUCCAACUCGGUCGAAUUGCCGUCAGGGACAGCAACAUCAUCUGAGCAAGAAUCGACGGCGGUGGAGAACGUAGCCAGUUCCUCUUCCGAACAGAUUCACGAUGUUCCACGUCAGCCUAGCGAUAAUCAGGGAUUCGUCAGUCUAAAAUUGUGCAAGGUGUCGUUGAAGGUGUUGAAGGAAAUUUCGAGCAACGAUUGUCAGUCGGACUCUCCGGACAUGGGUUUGAAGCAGAGCAAAGAGAAGAAACAGGAGGAAGAGGGUAAAGAGGUGGAGAAGGAGGAGAAGGAGAAGGUAGAAACAAAGGCAGAGGAGUCGAUAGACCAGCCAGACUCUUCUUCUUUGGCAACGACAACUGUACAGCAGUGUGUCGAUAAAUCAACCAAGGAUAAUAACGUAUUUUUAACUACCGGUAUUGUAACAUCGUCACCGAUAUGCAGGAAGAGGCCAGCCAGCGAUUUCCUGCCGAUCAACGCGGAGAUCAAGAGGAUCGGUGUCGAGGUACCAGAGAACGAGGUGAAUCAGGUUCGCAGCGACGUAAGAAGGAUCUCCCCGAUAUUGGUAAGCCUUCGAGAACGAACCCUAGGUGAAAUAUCCCUCUCCUCUGACUCGUGCCUCUUCGACAACACCGGAACCUCGUCUAUCUCCCGGUGUAUCCCGAGGAACAACAGCCUCCUCGAGGAGACGUUCACCAGUGGCGGUGGUUGUACGUGUAGGUUAACGAUGAACAAUGUGAGCCUGGACAGUACGUCGUUCGAAACGAACGGCGAGGUGGAGGUUGUAGGUUGUUCCGAGUCGGAGGACAGGGUGUGCAGAGCGACGACGGCCACGCCGUCUCAGGGAGGAGAGUGUGCCAACGAAGGCGUGAACAAGACGCCGAUGGAUGUGAAAUUGAAUUAUACGGAUUCUUUCAUCGACGAGAGUUCUUGUUGCUCCCUGCCGCGGGAUAGUCCCGAGAGGAAUCUGAAAUCGUACCAGGAGCCGAAACAAUGCGAGAAACCUAUAGAACUGUGUCCCUGCAGCGAUACUGUAUCCAUGAACGAAUCGUUUAUGAAAAAGUCCAUGGAUCAGUUCACCGAGACGUCUAUGAGCACGUUUCCACGUUUGAUGGUUUCCUUGGAACGUAUCGAGGUAACGCCGGACAAGAAAGAGAAGAAACGCGUUAUCGGUAAUAAUGGUAACAACAACAGCAGCAGCAAGAAACAGAAGAAGAGCGAGGCAACGGACGAGGUGGACGUGAGAAUCGAAACGGCAGAUACGUUGGAGGAAUGUUGUUUCGUCGAUAGGUGUGCCGACGAGAAUAAGAACGUCGAGAAGACUGAGCAGGAGAAACAGGUGGACUCUUCUGUGGUGUCUAGGCCGGAAGAGACUUCACAGGUUCAGCUACAAUCGCCUUCCGUUAAUGCGAUUAAAAAGUGCAGGGUGAUUUUGGAGAGGGUAACGGUGCCGAAAUUGGACACAACAACGGAUGUACAAAAAUCGAAGAACGAAGAGGAGGCGUCUAGUAGUGUUGCUGAGAAAUUAGCUGGUGAUGAGAACACAGUGUUUUCAUCGCCGUUACCUUCCACGGAGAAUGUACAGCCGUUGAAUAAUAUAGAUGCAACAGAAGAGACGACACCAAGCUCGCCGGAGGAGAUUUUGGAACCAUCCGCGGAUGUUCCGGAAACCAUUGACACCGAGACGGAAACGGAGACUGGCUCUGAUAGCUCUGAAAUUUCGUCCAUGACGAACGUACGGCUUGGUGGAUGCGACGACGACGCGGUUUCCGAUCAAAUAUCUUGCCAGGAGAGCGAGUCCAUGUGCUGCGUGGAUAUUAAUCCGGAGAUCAUAUCCAGGCUGGAGCCGGAGAGGCCGGAAGCUUUCACGGAGGAUUCCGCGGAGAGUUUGGCGCUUGCUACCGGUGCUCCGGACGAAGUUAGAUCAGAUGGAAGCGAUUCUGGCCUGGGAAGUGAGAUUCCCGGGGAUACUGGGCCUGCACCUGUGCCCGAAAGCGAUUCAGAGACUUCUUUCUUGGAUAGGAUACCUGACGAUAUCCUCUCUGACAAGGAGAAAGCUGUGAAUCAAUUGGACAGCUUUGUGCCGGCCGUGGGUGUACCAGGUACACCACAGACGCCAUUGACGAACUUCCCAAGUCCUCCGAAGAGCAAUCUGAAACGAAGAUUGACGGAUUGCAUGGAAGGGGCUCCCAGCCCGAAAAGGAGCAGUACAGAGGAGUCUAUGAAAAAGAAACGCAAUAUCCAGUUCGACGCAGUCACUGUUUACUACUUUCCUAGGGCACAGGGUUUCACUUGUGUGCCUUCUCAGGGUGGCAGCACUCUUGGCAUGAGCGCGACGCACACUCACGCCGAGCGGUUCUCGUUAUCGGAGCACGCAGCGGAACAGAGACGAAUCCAUCGUGCCAGACUAGCGCAAUUGCGCUCUGAGCGUGCUGCAAACUGCGUAUCAGAAGCUGCCUCAAGUUCAGAGGAUCCUAGCGACGAUACGGACGAGGAACAGAGCGAUAACGAGGACUUGGAUAUCGAUAGUUAUUAUUUCCUCCAGCCAGUGCCUACGUGGCAAAGACGAGCCUUACUCAGAGCAGCAGGAGUACGUAGAAUAGAUGCUGUUGAGAAGGACGAGUGUCGCGACAUUAGAGCAAGUAGAGAGCAUUGCGGUUGCGGGUGUAAAGGAUACUGCGACCCAGAGAGCUGUCCUUGUAGUCGAGCUAAUGUAAAGUGUCAGGUUGACCGAAUGGGUUUCCCUUGUGGAUGUACCCGAGAUGGCUGCGCGAACAGUUCGGGCAGGAUCGAGUUCAAUCCAGUACGGGUACGAACGCAUUUCAUUCACACUUUGAUGCGGUUAGAGUUAGAGAAGAAGCACCGGGAGGAAGAGGAGGGGGCGGAUCACGAUGCUUCCGACAAUCAGAACGGCAGAAGUCCGUUGAGGGAGAUUAAUUUGGGAUCGGUGAUGGAGAACAGGAAUGGAGAGUCCUGUUUGAACGGUGGCGGUUUCACGACUCUACAUUACGAGAAUCACGAUGCUAGGGACGGCGGGGCGAAUUGUCAGCCAGAAGUGCCCGGUACAAGAGAGGACAGUCUGGAUCUAUACGCGAUUAGAGACGACUGUUAUCCUAGCGAAGACACUGUUGAUGGUACGCAGGGUCCUUCAAGGAAACUACAUCCUGAGUUUAGUCAAGCUUUUCAAACGUUCUCAGGUCAAACGAGUGCCGGAGUAAACUUUCAACAGCCUACUUAUCAGGAUUAUCAGCCUUACGCUAACCUUCCUUCUACAUCUAGGGUGCAAUUUCAGCCGCAAUUCCAAACGGUGCCAGGAAAUCCAGGGUUCUCACAUUACGCGCCUUAUGGACAGGACAACACCGGAACAAUUCAGGGGAACUGCCAGGUUCAUCCCGGACAGCACUCGUCCAGUUACGAGGCUAGUUUCGCUCAAGACGAGACAACCGGAUCACAAUACACGAAUCUAAACUCGGUGCAACCGAUGAACACGGUGGUGCAACAGAUGGGCAAACUGGAGCCGUUCUCGGAACUGUUGUCCGGCAGAUAUUCGUAUUACGGUGAAAUGGAGCCACAGACGCACGGUACUUAUCAUGGGAAUGGAACAAAGGUCGAGGUGGAAAAGAGCCAAGGUAACGAGCAGCAAUCGGAGAGCACGGAAGAAUGCGACGAGAAUUUCGGGGAGAUUAUAAAAAAGUCAAUGGUCGAGACUGUAUCCGCUUAAGUCGAAACUAUUGUAGAUACAAAAAAUUGUCUA